GAGUUCAGGAAUACAUUUUUCUAUAUCAGUGGUGGCUUAGUGGUUAAGGCUCUGGGGCCCCUUGAGCAAGGGCCUUGACUCUAUCUGCUCCAGGGGUGCUGUAUCAUGGCUGACCCUGCACUCUGACCCCAGUUUAGCUGGGAUAUGGGGAAAAAAAUAAUAAUUUCACUGUAUAUGUGCAAAUGUGUGAUAAAUAAAAUUAUAAUUAUAAAACAGAUAUAUGUUGAGAGCCUGUGGUUCUGGCAUUAGGCUAAGCAUCUGCCCAUCAUGGUACCAACUGGUGUCCUGCCGGGGACCUGGCCAAUAGAACUUGUUUGUGCCAUUGCAGUGCACACUUAACUUCCAUGAUGACACCAGGGUAGCCUUCAUUGUCCUAAUUAACGACGCACCACUCUCCAAUGAAGUAUGCUGACUUGAGGGUGUCUUUCUCUUACUAACUUUAGAAUUGGAUCAAGGUGGGCCCAGAUGGCCACAGGGUCAUCAUGUCUUCUGGAGGGUGAUAUGAAGCAGAAGGUGUGCGGUGCCUGUUCACCUGCAGUGUAGAGCACUCCAGUGUGCAGACUGGCCUGCUGGUGUGAGCCUCCAAAAUGCACAGACUGGAUUUCUUCACUGUACUUGCAUGAGUAAUUUUCACUAAAAUCCACAUGCAAGAGGCACUCGUUGCACUUCAGGUUCCCCCUGAGCUCCCUGUAGACGUCAAACUGCCAUUUAAUGUUGAAAACAUGGCGUCUAAAAUGGAGAAGCCUCUCCUGGAAUUGUGUGUUUAGGUCUUCCUCUGUUGUUGUUAUUUCAUUUUUACUGUGAUUGUUGACAUUUUCUCAUCCUUCAUGAUCUUCUCUGUCAUCCACUGAGAUAAAUGAAUGUUCUCUUGCCCAGGAGUUUUCAGCAUCGGGUGACAAGUGUGGAGGCAUUCCCUGCACUCACCAUAAGCACAGACCUUGGCUUUGGGGUCGCACAUGGUUGCUUCAGAAAUUUCUUCAAUAUUUCUUGAAGACAAUGUUCUGCAAGGCAUUGGCCAUAAAUUGCAAGUUUUUGUUUGCAUAGACGUGUCACAGUCAGAAGGAGGUGUAUGACAUGUGGCCAAGGUGGUUAGAGAGAAACUUCCUGUGUAAGUUCCUCAUUUUAUUCUCUUCUGCAUCUUUGUCUUCAGCCGUGUGACUGUUUGUCUGCGGCCGGUUGUCAUUCGACUGAUAUCAUCUCGAAAUAAAAAGAUGUAACUUUCUUUUUAAUCUCAGUUCGACUGAUGCACUUCCUCCCACAGUAGACAAGAUCCACAGGAUCCUUUGCUCUCUUCUCAGAGUAGCCAAAAACAGUCAGGGCAUACUUUUGGAGCUUGUCCAUCUUCACUAUAUUUCCAGUGACCACUUUCGCAAUCAACUGCUUCUUUUUGUUUGUUUUUGCAUUUUUGUAUUUUCAUCUAAUAUCUUCAAUCAGGGAUGUAUGGAAAAGAAGAGCUCUUUUGAUGGGUGAAUUCACUUUUUGAUGACUCAACAAAGCAUUGACUGUUGCACGUGGCGAUUUGGAUGCACUUUCUUUCUUGGACCUAUGGAAUCUCUUCUUAGAUUUAUCAGUUUUAGUUUUCUCUUUUGCCAGCUGCGCCUCCAAUUUUUCGAUGUUUUUUCAGUUUGCUCUUCAAACUCCUUUGAAUGCAUUUCCCUUGACGCUGUUGCCUGAAACACAAAAUAUUUGUUAGUAUUUUUAGUAAGAUUUUUAGGGAUUUAUUUAUCAAUAUGUCAUUUUAUGGGGAAAUAAACAGUUGAUAAUUGUCCUUCAAAUAAAUCUAAACUUUCUAAUAAAUCUUAUAGCUAAACUUCCAUGUUCUAACCUGGAGGGCCCUGGCUCAGGCUGAUUUUCAGGAGUUUCAGGAAUUUUAGGAGAGUUGGGGACUAUCUCUGACUGUAGCAAAGCACUGGCCCUGGCUCGCCUUUUUGCUUCCUUCCAUUUCUUUCUUUUUGCCCUCUUCUCUCACUGAGCUCAUUAACACCCUUCUUCUUCCCAGUCUCUCUGUCUUUAUUCCACUUGUCCCUAUCUUUCUCAAGGUACUUUUUUUCUUCUUUCCGGAUCAGCAUCACGACGUUCCCUAUAUCUCCUCGCUAUCUCAGCUCUACUUGGACUCAUUCCUGGAAAAAGACAAUUCAAAGCGUUCCCUUACAAACCGCUGACUCCCCCUUUAAUUGGUGGUCCGGCUAAACUAGGCUUACCUAGUCUUGUUCAUUUACAUCUGCACAACUGUAUUUUUUCAAACAGGCAAUGAAAUCCAUUAUAUGGACUUUGUUUUGAUCACAGUCUGUUGUUUUUAUUACAUAGAAAAAAAAGUCGAAUUAUCAUCAUCAUCAUCAAGAGGCCUGCUGAUACCGAUAUCGCCAAAAAAGUCAAUAUCACCCAUUCCUACUAUGUAUAGCAUCUACUGUUAUAAUAUGCGUGUAAUAACUGUUGUAAGAUGUGUAACAUUAGUAGAAUGUGGCAAAAACUACGCACAUGUCCUCCCUGUCUUGUACCAUGUCCACCAUGUCAUGGAAGGCUUGGUGACAGGGUGGACAGUGACAGGGUGGACAUUUUUGGCUAAAGUUAGCAAUUAAUGAACACACGGUGGACCUUAAGUUAGCAAAGUGAUUCAUUGUUGAAGGUGACUGUGUACUGUUUAAAAAAUAUAUUUUGAAUUCCUGGUUACUUCACCCCCCAAUCCCCCCUGGAAACUAUGCCCGUGGCUAGUGGUCAAGUGAUUCACUGAAGAGAUGUAUCUUUCUGAUGCUCAGCCUCCUCUAAUCCAUUUCAUGUCCAAGAUGACAUAUUCAAAAAAGUGCCCCUUUAAAAAAUAUACUGCAAUUGUGUUUUUGUCAUUUUACACAAUUUUGGGAGAACCCACACAUAUCAUUCCAAAAAUCCUUUAGCAUGUCCUUUAUUGACACUGCAAUUUAUUAUUAUUAAUAUUUAGUAUUAUUGUUAUUUUUAGUUUUAUUAAUUAUGUAUGAUUGUAUUACUAUUAACCGUGUUUGACGCUGCAGUGUGAGGACUUUUAUUUUAAAACUUGUAAAAGUGGGCGUGGUUAAGCGUGGGAUUUAGUUGGAGAGCUCAGAUAUGAUUUAUUCGUUUUAAGGAAUACAUCUUAUUAUAAAUCAAUCGAUACACCGUGAUCGUUUUGAUUUUCUAUGCUAUCAGCCAUAAUUAUUUUUAUUUUAUAUUAUUUUCCUCAUUAAUGGCGAUGUACCUGCCGAACAGGUAACAGUCAUGUGGGGUGAUGGUCUGUCCAGUGUUCAGGUGAAUCAGGAAGUAAACGCACCGGGUUCACGAAUCCAAACACGGGUUUAAAAAUAUUUAUGAAGAUUUCGACAAUGAGAACUAAACGAAGACUGCUAAGCCCUCCAGAUUGACAUGAACAUACUGGUGCAUCCUGUUGUCAUUUUUACUUUGACAGGUCUGUCUUUGGUCGCUGUGUGUCUGGAGCCAGUUCCAGUUCAGUUUGAGAAAACACCAGUACUGGUGGCAUCCGGGAGAGAUGCCAUCUUUACAGUACAGACCGUGUCUGACACAUCCCUCAUCAGAUGGACCAAUGCCGGACAGACGACAUUGGCGAUGUGGGCGAAUGGACAGCCUAUUGUAAUAUCAGUCCCAGAGUACCAGGGCAGAAUCUCUGUCACAGCCACUCAGCUGAAGAUCACUAACAGCCAGCUCCGUGAUUCUGGAAACUACACCGUCUCAGUGGAACCUUCUCCUGCCACUGGACUCGGUGUCAAUACCCGUUCAGUGCAGCUCAAGGUGUUUGAUGCUGUGGAUGGAGUGAGUUUGUCUCUGCCCACUCUUCCUUUGGAGGGUGGGAAUGUGUCUUUGCGUUGCAGCGUGACAAUGGGCACAGAGGUCAGUGUGGUUUGGGGUAAAGGAGGCACUGCCUUGUCCUCGGACACCCGCAUUACCAUCAGCGCUGGAUCUUUAUUCAUCAACCCAGCCAGGAGAGAUGAUGCAGGGGAGUACACCUGCACUGUCAGCAACUCCGUCAGUGCUCAGACAGCCAAAGCCAGCCUCAGCGUGUACUAUGGUCCAGAUGCCCCUCAGUUGACUAAGACUUCAUCUGAGUGUGUUGGUGGUGGAGAUGCCACAGUUGGGCAGACGGUUCGUCUCACCUGUACAUCCACCUCUUUACCUCCUGCCUCAUUCUCAUGGGAACUGAACGGCCAGCAAGUGACCGCCGGCCAAUCGGGGAGUGGCGUGCUGAGUCUGCAGAUCUUCUCGACCAAUCAGAGUGGCAGUUAUGUGUGCACGGCACGGAAUGACAUCACAGGGGGCACAUCAAAGCAGCAGAUAAACGUGGCCGUUGUGGGUACCUGUCUCAGUGUAGGUGCAGUGGCAGGGAUUGUUGUAGCCUGUGUUGUUGCACUUAUCAUAAUUAUCAUUGUUAUUAUUGUUCUCCUGCGACAAAGAAACGUUGAUCGGAGACUCAAAGAUGCCAUUGGACUUCAGAAGACAAACCAGAAUGAUGGCCCCACAGUUCUUCCUCCACAGAAUGCCAACACUGCCUAUAGAGCUCUUGUCAAUGGAAACCACCCUGAUCCAACAUUACACAACUCACUCCCACAAAACCAGCAGAACUUCACCACUCUUCCUAAUAACAAUGAUGAGAACAUCAACACAACGACACGAAACAGACCAGGCAACUUCAGCCCACAGCUACAUAAUGGCCAUCUGAACACAAACGUAUUUCAACACAACUUCAGUGCACUCCCAGUCAAUGGGCAUCCAAACAACAAUUCAUAUCCAAACAAUGACCUUCAGAACUCCAGGUCGUUCCCACAUCCUGGCCAACAAAAUCCUAAUAUUCUCAUUCAAACGGGUAACUCUCAGCCUGGUGCGCUUGCCCCGACAGUUCAUGUAAACCUUAACACACUGCCACGUACCGACCAGUUCAACAGCACACAACCUCAAACGGUGCAUGUCAACCUGAACACAUAUCCUCAAGAACCAAACCAGCCAAGUCUGGCGAUCCAGCAACACAAGGACCAGAGAGAAAGUGCGCUACGGCUUCAAAACGGCAAUGACAACCGUCAAAAUUUCUCUCAGACUGGCUUGUUAAACUCUGACCCUUUGAAUUUGGGUACUCAAAUGCAGACUGUGCUUAAUAAUCCAUUGACCAAUGGAUCUCAACCCAAUGGACUCAUUCAGACCAGUUACUCACACCCUACCAACCGCACCAAUGCUAACCGCCGAGCCGCCAACAUGCGAUCAUCAACAGAAGAGCAACCACGACAUUCUAACCCAACUCAGGCCAACAACCUUUUCGUCGAUCCCUCGUUAGGCACCAGCACGAAUCCCAAUCAAAUGCCUUGGGACCGUUUGCAGGGAACGCCAGCGUACCCCAACCGCCAAGAUGACAACUCCGAAAGCAGUGGAUCCACAGAACGGUGGCCUCGAUCGCCGCGACCAGAUGCACGGAGGGGCCGCUCUGGUCCAAGACCCAGGGAAACUGAACCUGCUGGUGGGUUGACCCAGGCUGCUUCUGCUCCCCAAGGAAGAGACCUCCAAAGACAGACUCUCAGUGUAGUGCUGAAUCACUGUCAAAUGGACCCGACUGUGCAGAGACAAGUGGCCCAACAAAACACGCCAAGGUCACAAGCCCAAUCCCAAAGCCAGACUGCUCCUAGGCAUGCUAUACCUCAAACCCAAACCCCUCAGGCUCAGAAUCCAAUCCAGACAGGUCUACCUCUUGGAACAACCGUACCUCACCCCACUGAAGAGCACAACCAACCUCGGAUGCGCAAAAGGGAUCCACAGACGCAAACGGGCAUCAGACUAGACCACAUGCAGACCACAGUAUCGCCAUCCAUUCCUCUUACUCAAGAAGCCCUUCGCCAACACACCAUCCAGAUAGAAAACCCUUUCGCCAAUCGAAUUCAACAGACUCAAGCUGCCUUGCAGAAACCUGUAGCUCAGUCCAGACCUUCUCAACCCAUUCAGCAGCUCAACAAACCGCACCAGAGGCCACCAACUCCACCUCCAGUGCUAGAGCCAGCCGAGUUCCAGUCGAUGCCACGGGAACGCAUGCAGCAGGCACGCACGCUCCAGCCUGUGAUCAGUCGGCCCGUUAAUGUGACGCAUAGACACAGGUCUCCGGACAAGCACAAACAGACUAGAGUGUGGCAUACAAGCCCACAACAAUUGCCAGUAAUUCAUCCCAUGCAUGGACACCCAACACACGUGAGACAGGCCCACAGAGGCAGACCCAGACGCUGAGAAAAUGCAAUACUCUCACGCAACACUAUUUGCACUGCAAAAAAAAAUAAUAAUAAUUUCUUACAAAGCACAAUGUCUCUCUGGUGGAAAGAAACAAAUGUUCAGCCUUUCCUCGGGCCGUUCGUUUAUUGUGCUGCACAAAACUUUUUAUCCAUUUUUUUAUGUAAAUCUUUUUUGGAAACCACUUUAUUGAUAAAACGACUGAUCUUUUUUUUUAUCUCUGCCAGACAACUGUCACGUAGGCAUGUGAAAGCCGUGGCUGUUGAAUGGGCGAUAGUGUGAAUGUCAUCCGUCGGAACAAUGCUACUUUGGGAUAUUUUUUGCACUCAAGUGGCUGAAAAUAAAACACAAUGCCAUGUUUUUCCACAAACAGGCAGAUUUGAACAAAAUCCAAAUGAAUCAGGAUGGCUGGCAGAGCUUGACUAUUAAAUGAUAAAUAAUGGAGUGACACUGUUUGUCCUUUCACAACUAUUUAUUCCACUCUAUGCUCACAGCUGCUUCUUGUAACACUGCUCAAUUAGUGCGAUUCGCUACGGUGCUUUUGUGGAUGGAUUGCGCAUUUGAGUAUGAAGGAGACCAACCAAACCGACAUGUAAUUAAUUAAGCACUUUUAUUUUUAUGUUAAUGAUGUGGAAAAUGCUAAUGACUUAAAGUAAAAUUGGUUCUUGACAGGCCUAGCAAGAAAUAAUCUAAUAAGAGAGAGACUGGUGAAUAUUUCUCAGGGUAGGUUUAUUUUUGAAAGUCAAUUUCUGUUUAGACACAAUCCUUAAAGUCUUGAUUACGAAUAAAGUUAUUGAACUAAUAUUACCACCGUUGUUGCCCAGGGAAAAAAAGAUACAGUUCAUUGAGCAGGGAGGGGCAUGUUGUCACCAUAUGGGAUAAGUUGUCACAAUGGAAACCUGCCAUUAAAUAGUCUAUUAUAGACUUUUCAGCAGAACUGAAACACUAAAACAACACUGAUAAAAAUGACAUGAAAAUGUCUUUAAAAAAGUGGCAACCUGGCAUAUAUGAAAAAAAAAUAUAUAUGCUUUUACAAAAAAAUGUUUUUUAAGAUAACUGUGUUUGAAAGAAGAGACAUUUAUGUAAUUUGACUUUUUACUGAAAAACUCAGUUAUUGAGAUAAAGCCUUUGUGACAACUUCCCCAUGUGACAACUAGCCCCGGCUUCCCCUGUAAUGAUGAAAAGCAAAUAGUUUGAUGUCACCUACAUGCAGAGAUGGGGAGUAACGGAAUACAUGUAACAGGAUUACGUAUUUAAAUUACAAAAUAUAAGUAACUGUAUUCCACUACAGUUACAAUUUAAAUCAUUGGUAAUUAGAAUACAGUUACAUUCAAAAAGUAAUUUGAUUACUGAAGAGAUUACUUUGCAUUUUAUUGUCAUUUGUUUCAUUACAUUUUUAGUCUGCUUUGUUGGAAUAUAAAUGAUUUAUUUUUAAUAUACUGUAAGUGUAUUUUGUCUUACUGUAUUGUACUUUUGUAUAGUCAAAACAAGUGAAAAAAUCUGCCAGUGCUGAAGAAGUAAUCCAAAGUAUUUAGAUUACAUUACUGUAAAUUACAUUUUACAGCAUGUAGUCUGUAGUGGGAUACAAAAGUAAAAGUAACCCUCCCAACCCUGCCUACAUGUAUUUUUUUUUAAAGAGCACACAGGAGGUUGUAAGAAAUAAAUUCUUACAUAUUUUACUUUUACGUUUCUUUGUUCUUCAUCAUUACAUUUUUCAUACAAUGUUUCCCUAUGCAAGGUACUCAAGGAGGGACACACAUUCAACAUGGCCUUAACAUUGCUUAUCAGUAAAACAGGGUAGCUCUAGCAAAGUCUUUCUAGCAAGUCAGUCCACUGUCGGUCAUCUUUGGAACGCUGUCAGGAGGCUAUUUCCAGUCAUGCCAGUGCAGUUCCUGUCUACUUGAAUGGGGAAAGAUAGACAUCUCAAAAACAGCUGGUCAAGAUUACGAUCAAAGAACAUAUUUCAAAUCAGAAAUAAAAUUUGGUAAUAUUG